CAUUCGGAUUAUCUUUGCAUUUUUCCUGGAAUCUCACAUGUGUGAACAAAAAAGAUGACAACAACUUUCUCAAAUCCCUCUCAAUUGUUGCCUCUAGAGUUGGUGGAUAAAUGUAUUGGAUCUCGAAUUCACAUUAUCAUGAAGAAUGACAAAGAAAUCGUGGGAGUGUUACUUGGUUUUGAUGACUACGUCAACAUGGUGCUGGAAGAUGUUACAGAAUUUGAGAGCACUCCAGAAGGAAGGAGGGUGACCAAACUUGAUCAGAUUUUAUUGAAUGGGAACAACAUCACAAUGUUGGUUCCUGGAGGAGAGGGUCCAGAGACAUAGAAGAAGAUUCUGUCAUUUCAUCAAGGGAGGGACAUCAUUCACAAGCCACUCAUACCAUUAGAAACAUUCUUCAUCAACAAUGAUUAAAAUAAAAAUGAUUUUUUUUUUUUUUUUGCAGAAUUUACUCAUCUUGUUGUCUGUAAACAAUUUUUCAAAAUGCUGCCAUCUCUACAGAUUUUGUCCAAUUUCAUUAAAACUUGGCACAUGGGCAAACUACAUCAAAUUCACAGUUUUAUGAUCAGUUUUGAUUUUGACAAAGGGUGUUGCCAGAUUAUAAAGAAUAAAUUAAACAGUCAAUUUUUCAAAAUAA